CCGGUGCGCGUGUCGCUUACGCGUAACUUCCCGUUUCGUCACUUCCCGGUUCGCCGGGACAGCUUCGGGAAAAAUUCGGUAAAAUUAGACGGACAAACAAAUGAAUAAAUUGUCGCGUUAACGAUACAGGCUUUUAUUUCGAUCCAUUAAUGCUUACGACGAAUAUUCGGGACGCCGGGCUUUUGUUGGGUUUUUAAACGGCAUUUAACGCUGUCGUCUCUAUACCCGCAGACUGGUUUUAUUUUAACUUGAAUCGGUGUUUUCACUAGAGACGGUGGUGGUUACGGUGUGACAGUCCGCUCCGGUUAGUUAAAACAAUGCGUGUCCGUUUCUCACACUGACAUCAGUGCGGUCGUAAUGAAAUUAACACCGAGAGGCGGUUCGGUCCAUGAUAAGCGUGUAACAGGCUGCCGAUCGGCCACGAAGAGGAGGCGAUCAUAACGAGCAUUUAGCUGUCUCCAAGCUUCUUGACCAAUCGGUCUCUGGGGAUGUUUUGAGCUAGCUUGUUAGCCGCAUUGCACGUUCACCAGCAACCGAUCCGGGAGAUCGGACAGCCGGUUAUCCGGCUUGUUGGCUUGUUUAAACAUAAAAUACCCCGGCACCUGUGCUCGAUGCAUCGCGUUAGCUCUUCAUAUUAAUUUAGGGACAUGGAUUGUGUUUUUAGAAUGGAUGAGAGAAAUCAUUUUACUUUCGGAUAGUUUAGCUAUGUAAUUCUGUGUCCCUUUUCGUUCUUUUCUUGCUCUGUAAGGAACGUCAUACUUCAUUAUCCCUGAUUUUCAAUGCCCGACAAUUCCGAGUUUCCUAGCAGCAGUUAAUAAUGUAACGAUUAAUGUUUUUGCAACUAUACACAUUUUAGUUUAUAUUUAGGUAGUGUGAUGGAUGUGUUUAACAGGGCAGAAUUCGCUGGUUAGUUUUGGGGUAUCGUAGUUACUUCGGCGGUUUUGUGCGUGUAAUUCUUUAUCAAAGGAUCUGCUUGGAAGUCAAGAUUAUUUAUCAGUAGAAGAUGAACGGCCUGUCUGUGAGUGAGCUGUGCUGCUUGUUCUGUUGCCCCCCGUGUCCCGGCCGCAUUGCCGCCAAGCUGGCCUUCCUACCCCCUGAGCCAACUUACGCCCUCCUGCCGGAUCUGGAGACUGGGUCAGCCGUUAGUGGAGCGGCGGGAGGCUCCAGCCUCCGGUCUCGGGGCUCCAGUGGUGGUGGCGGCGGCGGCGGCGGCAGUAGUGGUAGCGCCGUCCCUGCAGGCGGAGCGGCCAGCGGAGGUGGCGGGUACGGCGGGGAAGGCAGAUGGAAGCUCCACCUGACGGAGCGCGCAGAGUUCCAGUAUUCCCAGCGGGAGCUCGAUGCCACUGAAGUCUUCCUGACCCGCUCCAGCCGUGGAAAUAAAAUCGGGUGCAUGUAUAUCCGCUGUGCGCCAACGGCCAGGUUCACUGUCCUCUUCUCUCACGGCAACGCAGUCGAUCUCGGCCAGAUGAGCAGCUUCUAUAUCGGCCUGGGCACACGCAUCAACUGCAACAUCUUCUCCUACGACUACUCGGGCUACGGUGUCAGCACGGGCAAGCCCUCCGAGAAGAACCUGUACGCUGACAUCGACGCUGCCUGGCAGGCACUGCGCACGCGAUACGGCAUCAGUCCGGAGAACAUCAUCCUGUACGGACAGAGCAUCGGUACCGUGCCCACGGUGGAUUUGGCAUCGCGGUACGAGUGUGCCGCUGUGGUGCUACACUCCCCCCUGACCUCAGGCAUGCGGGUCGCCUUCCCGGACACCAAGAAGACCUACUGUUUCGACGCCUUUCCUAACAUCGAGAAGGUAUCCAAGAUCACGUCGCCGGUGUUGAUCAUCCACGGCACGGAGGACGAGGUGAUCGACUUCUCCCACGGGCUGGCCCUCUUCGAGCGCUGCCCCAAGGCCGUGGAGCCGCUGUGGGUGGAAGGAGCCGGGCACAAUGACAUCGAACUGUACAGCCAGUACCUGGAGCGACUGCGGCGCUUCAUCAGCCAGGAGCUGGCGGUGCAGCAUGCCUGAACGCCCCCCCCACCAGCGUGUGUGUCUCUGUGUGCAGGGGGGGCGCGCUAUACGGAGCCCUCCUUCCUCCGAGCUCACAGCACACACGCACCAGCCGUUCCUCAGGUGAACUGCUCACCCAAGGCUGUGUGGGCCUGCCUCUCUCUCUUCAUCCCUCAUUGUUUGUCCCCCCCCCCCCCCUUUUUUCCCCCAGUUUCCUUAUUUUGCUUCUGAACCUUCUGCUUGUCACAAUAUGACAUGUUCAUCUUUUUACAUCACGUGACUCAGUUGGGUUUUUGACCUGAUUUGAUGGCCACUAAAAAUACAUGUAGCAGAGAAAUGUUGUAGAAAAACGCCCCCCUCCCUUUCGUUUUGUAUCGUUUUUACACUACUCACUAUUGUCAGUCAGGUCUUUUAGGUGUGCAUUGCAGGUUUUUAAAGACCAGCGUCUAUUCUGUAUCUCCUCAUAUCCCAUUCCUGUGCUUCACUCUGCCCGGGGUCGGCUCGUCCUACUGACACCUCGGCUUCGACCGCCUCUCGACCCGGGAGGAGACACGCUCAUACUGUGAAGGCACCAUGUGUCAGUGAACAGCCGGCCAGUCACUUGCAUUCUGGGAGAUUCUCCAGUAUUGGGCCAAGGCUGCUCCUUUUGACCACUACAUUACCAAAACAUACACGUGGUCCUUUUUAAACCUGUACAGUCUCAUGCCACUAAGUGAUGCUGAAAGUGGAUGGCGCAUUUCUAAUGCGAGAACCACUCAUCAGUGAAAUAUUUUUAAUGGGGAACCGAGACCGAUUUGGGGCAGGUAUAUAGCAUGGAAGUAGAAGCUGUGCGUAUUUAUGAAAAGUGUGAGUACUAUAUAUGUUUGGCGUGUCAUGCCACAUAGCUCUUGCUGGUUUGGGAUUGUCCAAUAAACUGCCUGAAAUUUGUUUUUAACGGCGAGUCGUUUAGUGGGAAUGUGUGGAAUUUUACGUCCAUGAUGCACCUGCUUAAUUUCUACCUGUGUGUCACUGUCCUACCCCCCUGUGCAUCUGUCGGUCAUGUGGACACUCGGAUACGUGGCGUGAAUCUUUCCCAAACGCCUCUUUAGGUACUUAGGCAUCGCAGAUGCUCAGAGUUCCUGUUAAGCUACCGUAAGCAGAACUGUGAGUGUUUGCAAAGCCGCAGGUGUUGGGAAUUAGGAGCACCCUGCUGCUGGAGACCUGUAACUUACAAGGUCUCGCAUGACUGGUGCUGAAGAAGUGUCUCUUUAGGUUUUUUUUUUUUUUUUUGCUAGGGCCUGAUGCCAGCCAUCUUGAAAAUUAAGGUACUGUUCCUUGUAUGGCCUGGCAGACUGGGAAACUGUCCACCUUGAGUUAAUGUACACGUAUGAAUAUAUGAAUAUUUGUGUUGUAUAGCUGAGGAAUAUUAAGGUUGAAGCGAAUCGGUCAUGUUUUCACAAUUUGCCUAAAAGGUGGAGGGAACCUGGUAUAUCCUCUGGUAUUUGUCCAUCUGGAUUUUAUUUUUAAUGAUUUCUGUGUUGAUUGUUGGGUGAGGUCUAGGUCACUGUUAUGACCCAGACAGUGGCCCUCAGUCUCUGGCCUGCAGGACUGCCGGUCUGUAUUUGAAGGGAAUCGUACCGUUUUUUUGUUGCAGUACAUGUUAACACAAAACCCAUAAGCAUUUCAUAGAUGUUUCAUAAACGGGAUGUUGGAUACUGUACCUGCUUGCUCUGACCAAACCCAUCGCAUUCUCUAAUGCUGUGACGUUUUGGCAAAAACAGUCAAACCUCUGAAUGCUCCUAAGAUUACGUACUUGUAUGUCUUAAUGUUUGUUUUAAGAGUGGUUUUAUCACUAUACACAGUGAAAGCACUUUUGUACAUGAAUUUUGUUUUGUAUAACUUCAUCCUGGGCAAACUGACAGAACAGGUUUUGUGAGAUACCAGACUUAUGAAAAAUAUGAUUAUGUAUAAGUAACUAGUCAGCCUGUUUUUACACUGACCAAUUUGGCUGGAUGUGAAGUGUUCGCUAAACUUGCUGCUGUUGGGGAAAAUCACCCACACCAAAUGCAAUAAAAGGAGUGACCCUUUACCA